UCCCCUGGCUUUACGACAUAAGCUGGCUGCUAGCUGCUAGCUGCAACUGAACCUGCUUCUGAAAUGGAAUGGCCGCUUUUUUAGCAUUUGACAGUUUACAAACCAUAUUGUAGAACAUCUGACGAGCUAAAUGUAUUCAAAAAUAAGAUCUCCAAGAAGUUAGACCAACGCCAACAAUGGACAUGUUCAGUAAACUCACGAAUCUGUUUCAGCAGGCUCUGGAAACCAGAGAACCGUCAAUAAAUUUGCUGGAAUCCUUUGUGGACCACUGGAAAGGAAUAACUAAUUAUUACAUUGAAACCACAGAUGAAACGACACCUGCAAAACAGACAGACAUUCCCUGGCGUCUCAAACAGAUGCUGGAUAUAUUGGUUUACGAGGAGGAGCAGCAGGAGACAGAGGAGACGGGGCCUUGUAUGGAGUACCUCCUCCAGCACAAAUUACUAGAGACCCUCUGCACCUUAGGCAAAGCCCAGUACCCUCCAGGAAUGAGCCAGCAGGUCCUGGCCUUCUUCUCCAAGCUCCUAAUACAAGUCCAGCAGCCAAUGCUUCACAUCAUAAAUGUGUACAGACCAGUCCAGAAGCUUAUUCGGUUGUGUGCGCUACCGGGAUCACAGACAGAGAAGGAAGAGGCUCAGUUUCUCUUUGUUAUUUGCUCCCGACUGAAACAAGAUCCUUAUGUGCUCAACUACAUCCUAGAGAUUAAGAGGGACGAGCCCAUUAAGAAGAGCAGGUCUACCUCAGGAGAUGGUGUGGGGAUACAGAGUGCUGAAUCCCCCAGCCCAGAGAAAGAGCCUUCCAGCCCCCUGAGGGGCUGCACAGCCCCUGACACCCUGCAGUGUGAGCAACCAGGUCCCUCCUCUGCUCCAGAGCAACCCCAAAACCUGGCGUGUCCCUCCAGCAACAACCUCAUCCACGCCUUAAUUCACCUGACGAAAAGCCAGAAAAGCAGAGUUGCUCUAAAAGCCCAGGAGGGUCUGUCAGUCCUGGUCAACAUCCCGAAGGAGGAAACAGCCCUGUGUCUGGCUGAGAGCACCUCGCUCUGCCAGCUUUUGGCUGGGAGGCUGUGUGAGCUCUACAGCUUGGUACCCUCCUCCCUGGACCCCAUGGACCUCUAUGGCUUUCCUCAGGUUCACUGGAGGGAUCGGUUCUCUCAGGGAUGUCUAGAGAAGACUUUGACGUUUCCUGGCAGUGAGGACAUAGUUGCAUUUCUGGGGUGGUUGGACUUCUGUGACAACCUGGCAGAAGAAGCACAAAAGGUACUUUCUGUGAAAUUGGCUGAAGCGAUUCACCAUCAGUGGCUUACGGCAGUUGUGCAACCUCAGCUGCUCCAGAUAUCCGAGGCGGGCAUCCUGCUGAGCACGGCCCUGCUGUCCUGCGCUGUGCGUCACAUCGCCGCCCCCGCCCUGCUGGACCAGCUGGUCCUCUUCCUCCUGGGCAGGCAGUCGGAGAGCGAGCUACGCUCGGGCACGGACAGCCACACGCUCCGCCACCAGCUCAUCGAGCGCUGCGACCACAUCUCUGACGAGAUCAGCAUGAGCACUCUGCGACUCUUCGAGGAGCUCCUGCAGAAACCGCACGAGCACAUCGCGUUCAACCUGGUCCUCAGAAACCUGGAGCAGCGCGGCUACAUGGCGGCCGUGCCGGGCGGGGCGGAGGACAGGCACACGGCCGACCCUGAGCCCCCGGAGGAGUCCGAAGCGCUGGAGGAGGACCCCUUUUUCACAGACAUGUACCCUGAGGAGGAGUUCCAUUCCUCAGGGCAGCUGCUGUCCCUGCCCCCUCGCCAGGUGGAGCCGCGUGCGACAGGGCAGGAGCGCGUAGCCGACGUGGUGAACAGUUUCCUUUGCCUGGUCCCUCAAGAGGCAAAAACCUCUCAACAUGUCCAGGGUGCAGGGUACGACACUUACGUGCAUGAUGCACAUGAACUGUUUAAAGAAUGCACAGCGUUUUCACUGCAGUGGGGUUGGCCGGCCUCCCUCAAGCCUCCUGAGCCUCUUCCUGCAGGCCUGGACUUCUACGAAGGCCACUUCUUAAAGGUCCUCUUCGACAGACUCGCCGGGAUCCUGGAGCAGCCCUACGAGCUGAACCUGCAGGUGACCUCUGUGCUGUCCCGGCUGGCUGUGCUCCCCCACCCCCACCUGCACGAGUACCUGCUGGACCCCUACAUCAGCCUGGCCCCCGGCAGUCGCUCGCUCUUCUCCGUUCUCAUCAGGGUGAUUGGUGACCUGAUGCAGAGAAUCCAGCACAUCCCAAACUUCACCGAGAGGCUUGUUCACGUCAGGAAACAGCUGAUGGCACUGGAGCCUGAGAUGGUGACAGAUCACAUGACCCUGCUGAAGGGGGUUAUUGUCCUGGAGGAGUUCUGUAAGGAGCUGGCUGCAAUCGCGUUCGUCAAACUCCCCCUGGAAGAACACUGACACUGCGUCUUGUCAUGCUGGAGACUUUGUGAGAGUUCAGGAGCAGUGUCCUGUGAAUAUCUCAGACAGACGGCUGCUUAUUCACGUAGAGCGCAGGUACAUGUCAUGACCUCAUGACUGGCAACACUGUGAUGGACAGUGAAUGGACUGUUCCAACGACCUUCCAGGUUUGGAGGCUUUAGAUGCUACAAAGGUCAUUGCACAUCUUUAUUUUAACUAAUGGUACAAUCAAGUCUGUACUUUUUUUUUGGUGUUUUAACUUUGAGUGUUUUAUCAUUAUGUAAUAUUAAUAGUUAUCUGAUGCAAAUAUUUUAUUUAUGUAUUUUAAGUUAACCAUUAUGACAUCAUUUGAAAGCAAUAUUUAUCAGAAAAAUACAUCUUAAAUUCAAAGGCCAUUUUAGGGAAAAAUAAGCAAUACUGUUUGUUUUGUUAAUGUUUUAAAGAACAUUUGGGUGCAUUAAUAUAUUGCCACAUAUUUAUGUUCUUUGCAUAUUGGUAUUCACUCUUUUGGGGUAUUAAUGUCUUUCCUUUUGAGGGAGGGAAAUAUGUGUCUUGUGUCUUUCUAUACUGUGGCUGGGUUUCUGCUGCCACUGUCCCAUGUACAGUUUUUUUAAAUGUCCCAUUGCAAGAGCAUUAAACUCCAAAGGUUGUCCAUUUUA